AUGGAGAAUUACACGCCCUCACAUCCCGUGUCGCCCAUUUCGCCCAUCUCCCAGGCCUCCUCUCCUUCAUUUCCCUCCAGCCUCAAGCGCUACGAGCUAGGCUUGUCUGACAAGGCCAUUGAGGCGGCUCCUCUCCCUAAAGCCGUCGCUCCACGCCUCUCUAUCAUGGAAGUGCCAAGACGCAAACCCGUUCCGCCGUCAAAACCUGCAUUUGUCGAUCAGCCAGAGCCGCAUGUCCAAGCUCCACCGGCUCAUAGUGGCAGGGCCGGGGCUGCGAACCUCCCAUUGCCGACGAACAAUGGCGGGCCUUAUGUCGGCGAACUUACAUACUACGACCCAGCAUUAGGUGCUUGUGGUAUAACAAGUUCUAGUUCUGAGGCUGUUUGCGCCGUGUCGAAAGUAGUAUUCGAUGCAGCUAGUACUGGUCCUAACCCAAAUACCAAUCCCCUCUGUGGUAGGAAGAUUCGCCUCAGGCGAAAUGGCAAGUCUGUAGAUGUGACUGUGGUUGACAGAUGUGAGUUUGCCAAAGCUUGCCUUGGAAUCCCUGGAGAAUGUGCAAUUGCUAACCGGUUAUACUGGCAGGCGUCGGAUGUAAAUCGACAGACAUCGACGCUACUAUUACAGUAUUCCAACAACUCGCGCAUGUCAACCAGGGAAGAGUUGAUGUUCAAUGGGCCUGGCUGGAUAAACCACCAGGUAACCCAUGAUAUCUCGACAAGCAUCAACUACUGA